AUGUGCGAGUUAAGCGCUGCAGGUGGAAGCUGCCAAGAUGACGAGGGCUUCCAGUGCGGUGGUGGCCAAUAUCCAUGCCUCCCUCACUGGAAGUUUGGUGAGGACUUGACUCGAGUGGUCGGUCGCGGGGCUGCGCCAGACGGAGACAUUGACGCCCUCACCGGAAUGUUGCUGGCUGUCUUGGCCCUGGAGGGCACCGAUCGCGAGCCGGACUGGCUGGAAGAGGUGGGACAGUGGGCUUACGACACCUGCAAGCAGUUCUACCUCAGCUCAACGGUGCCGUCGCCUAGUGGAAGUCACCAAAUCGUGAAGCUGGGCUCUUGCUGGGGUGGCUGGGGCACUCAAGGCCAGAACCCCAGCUACCAUGCGCCGGGGAUCUAUCGCCUUUGCCGUGACUACAUGUCCAAGCACGACAGCCGCUACGGAGGAUCCUCCACGGAGGGUGACCGAUUCGAAACGAAGUGGGAGACGCUCAUUGCCACCACCUACAAGAUGCUGUCAGCUACGCAGUGCCCAUCGACAGGGCUAGUGCCAAACUGGGCUCAGGUUUUCGAAGAGGGUCGCAGGCUCCGAGCACAGACGGGCUUCAGCGGCAGCGGCACUCCUGGUGCCGAGUACGGCGCGGAGGCCUCAAGGACGAUCUGGCGCGUGGUGGUGGAUUUCGUCCUGUACCCGUCCGAGGCAGGUUCAGCUGCGCAAUUCUUGGAGCCCGUGGCCACACAUCUGGGCAAGAAGGAGAGCUCUGGACGUUGGGCUUCGUCUCUCGACAUUGACGGCGCUUGCCUGGUGGAGACGAUCCACCCUGGAUGGCAGGUGAACAUGUUCAUGGCCGCUCCAACCUUCGCCAGCUUGGUCUGCCCCGCGUCUGGCCUUGGCAACAGCCGGCAGCAGGAGCUCAUCGAUUCGGCCGGCCGGCUUCUUGCCACACAGCGGAUUCGGGACUACUACUCCGGAAGCUGGGUGGCCAUUAGCACCAUGACCCUCAAUGGAGAUUUGGCGAAAGCGGCUGCCAACGCCAGACUUGGUGCAGCACAGAGCUCGAGAUCAGUUGACAGUUUUCAGAAGCUAACGUGUUUUGAACUGAUGGCAUGGCAAGACGGUGAAGCUGAUUUCUUGAGCUGCAAGGGCACGGACCUUGGCCUGUCUGGUGUGCCUUCUGACUGUGGUGCGGUACAAAGCUCCGCGGUGCAGGCAAAGAGCCCCCCAAGCUCCGAGUCCUGGGACCUCUUGCAAGGCUUUGUAAGCUUUGACACGGGCAUUAUGUGGUUGGAUUUUGGGGUUGUGCUGCGCUGCAUGCGGAUGUGGGCAACAUCGGGAGUGGCCCUUGAAGGUGAGGAGCUGAAGCCGGAAGAUCCAAUGGUCAUGGCCGGCCCCUCCCCAAAAGCGGGGAUCGCACUCCAAGGCCUCAAGGGUCUUCGCUUCAAGGGGACCAACAUCUACUACCCACACCCAGAAGGAAAGAAGCCUUGGUGCUUUGUUGGUGAGCUCAACCUGGGCCUCGUGGUGCCGCAGGCAUUCGCGCCCACACCAGUGCAACCUCGGCCGUUCAUGCCACAGGCAAGGCCACAAUUCGAGGCCAACGUUGAGUCUCGACAUCCCGAUACGGAGCCCCAGUUAUCGAUGGUCGCGCCGCGAGCCUUGCCAAGAGACAUCAUCAUCGGCUGCCCUCAGGCGACUGUUGCAGGGGCUCUCAUGGCCGGUCUGCUUUGUGGGAUGAUCUCCACGCUUGCUAUGGUGGUAUGCACAAGCUGGUACCUGACAAGGCGCGCAAAUCGGGAGCUACCCACUUGGUUUCCGGACUUCGUGAAGUACCCCUUCGAGAACUUCUAUGCAGAGGAUCGGCAGCU